AUGAAUAUUUUGUGCAUCCAUAUUGUUUACUGCUUUAUCGCUUGUCUUUUAUUAUGUAAUAUAAAUCAGGUGUUUACACUUCAUGUAUUAAAUUAUAAUAACGGUUACCUUUAUAAGAAUUUAUCUUUUUCCAUCCCUUUAUAUAAGAAUUUAUUUCAACAAAAAACCACUUGUAAAAAAAGGAAACAAUUAUUACAUAUUAAAUCAAGGGGAAGUACAUAUAAUGAGUGUUCCAAGAAUUGUGAUGCAUAUUUUGAGUUAAAUAAGACUAAUAAAAACAUAACAAAAAGAAUUGGAAAUAUUCCAAAUGUAUUAAGAAAAGAAGAAAAAAAAGGAAGACAUAUAAUAAAUAAUACGAAAGAAUCAAACAAUGAAAAUUGUAGAUAUAAGGAAGAAAAAAAUAUAAUUAUAAAUGAAAAUGGUGAUAAAUCAUUUUAUCAGGGAGAUGAUAUAGAGGAAGAUUUAUUUAAUUCAAACUUGAACAUUUUAGAAAGUGAAAAAAAAUAUAGUAGACAAAUAUAUACACACGGAUAUAAUGAAGAGAAAAAAAUUAGAGGAAGUAAAAUUAUUAUUAUUGGAUUAAAUGGAAUAAGUUGUGAAAUAUGUAAAAAUUUAAGUUUAUGUGGUGUUCACGAAAUAGGUAUUUAUGAUAAUAAUCUUUUAACAUACGAAGAUAUUGAUAAUCUUUAUUUAUGUAAUAAAAAAUUAGUAAAUGAACAAAUAAAAAGUAUAUCUUGCGUAGAUAAUAUACAGAAAUUAAAUGAAAGUUGUAAAAUAAAAGCUAUAACUACAAAUUUAUAUGAUAAUAUUUUAAAUUAUGAUAUUGUGGUUACGGUAAAUCAAAAAACAAAUUUCAACAUAAAAUUAAAUAAUUAUUGUAGAGAAAAUAAAAAAAAGUUUAUAUGUGUUAAUACAUGUGGUUUAUUUGGUAGAGUAUUCAUUGAUUAUGGUGACUUUUAUUAUACAAAUAAUAUUGAUACUAAUACGACAUAUGAUAAUCAUAAUAAUAUUAUUAGUGAUUUGUACAAAAUUAAUAAUCUUGAAUUUCUCAAAAAUAAUACCAUUGUCUUAUCAUAUUUACCUUUUUAUAAUAUGCAAUUAAAUGAAAGUGAUAAAGUAAAAUUACUCUUAAAUAAUAAUUCAGGAAAAAACAUACAAUUAGACAAUCUUAUCAUUGAUCGUAUAUGUAGAAAAAAUCAUAAAAUUUAUUUAUCUAUUUCAAAAAAUAAAUGUAAUAAUUCAAUUUUUAAAAUAUUUAAUCACAUAUUUCAACCAUUCUUUAUCAAUCAAUUAUUUCCUUAUUUUUUCAAUUCUUUUUUUUACACAUAUCCUCUGAAUUUAAUAUCAUAUUUAUUCAAAUUUAACAAAAACAAAUUCUUAUAUAAUAAUUAUUCGCAUUUUUUUAAUAUUAAAAAAUUUGUUCAGGAAAAUAAAUUAAAUUAUUCCAUCAGAUUGAUAAAAUUACCUGAACAGUUCAGGUUGAAAUAUAUAAGUUUAGAGGAAUAUAUAAAAAAGCAAAAAAAAAAAACAAAAAUAUAUAAUAUAUAUAAUAAUAUGUUUAAUAUAUAUAAUAAUGUGUUUAAUAUAUAUUAUAUAUACAUAUAUAUAAUAAAGAAUACAUUAAAAUUAAUAAAAGAAAAUAUUAGAUUUGUAUUAAAAAAUAUAUAUAGAAAAUUAUAUGGAAUAAGAAAAAAUGAGCAUGAAUAUAAAAAUGUGGAUAAAUUAAAGGAUGAAGAAAUUUGUUUUAUGAUAUAUGAUGAAAUAAUGAAAAAUAAGAAUAAUAAAGAAUUGUCAGAUGAUGAUAUAAAGAAAUUUACAUAUUUAUGUAAGAAAGAAAAGAAAGAUAUAAGUAAUGAAAUAAUAAAUCAAUUUUGUUCAUGUGCUCAUAUUGAAUUAUCUCCUUUUUCAUUUUUCUGGGGUGCAUUAUUAUCACAACAAAUAUUGAAAGGUAUAACACAUAAAUUUAAACCUAUACAUCAGAUGUUUUAUUAUGAUAGGAGAGAUUUGUUUCCGUUUUCUAAUAUAUCAAAAAUGUAUUAUGGAAAGUAUAUGCAUGAAAAGAAUUUUUUUGGUGAAGAAUUUCACAAAUUCUUAAAAAAAUUAAAUAUUUUAUUGAUUGGAUCAGGUGCUUUAGGUUGUGAGUUUUUAAAACUGUUGGCAAUAUCAGGUGUUUCAUCCAAUAUGGAUAAAAUAUCAAAUCAAAUACAUAAUAAUAAACAAAAUAACGAUUUUAAUAAUAUAAAGAAUAAGGAUAAAUUAGAUAGUACUUCUUCUAAUUUAUUACAUACAAAUCAAAAUACAAAUGUAUAUGUUCCAAGUAAUAUGGAAAAAAAAAACAAUCAUGUUAUAUUACAAAAUAAAGAAAACAAUAUACAAGGUUGUGUUCAGGUUGUUGAUUAUGAUUACAUUGAAGAAUCGAACUUGUCUAGACAAUUUUUAUUUAGAACAAAAGACAUUAAUAAAUUAAAAUGUCAAAUAGCUUGUGAAAAUAUUAAAAUGAUAAAUGAUGAUAUAAAUUGUGAUUUUUUAAAAAUGAAAGUUGAUGAUACUAUUUUUGAUAAUAAAGAUUUUUUAUUAAAAAGAUACUUACUUUUUACAAAUAAAAAGAAUGAGAUUGUUAAAAAACAAAAAACAAAAAAUAUACGUGAGAAUCCUCUUAUAUGUAUCUUAUGUCUAGACAAUUUAAAAAGUCGUAUAUUAAUGGAUAAAUUUUGUUUAUUGAAUUCAAUACCUUUAAUUGAAUCUGGAAUCGAAGGGUUAAAAGCAAGUAGUCAAGUUGUGUAUCCAUUUUGUAGUGAAACUUAUUCUAGUGAUAGUAAUAAUAAUACAUCAUCUAGUAAUUUAUUUGACGAAGAAAAAAGUAAUUCUUGUACCAUAACAUCCUUUCCAAGAAAUCAUAAACAUAUAAUUGAAUUUGCCAAGAGUGUAUAUAAUAAUAUGUUUUAUGAGAAUGUUGUAAAAAUGAAUAAAUUUAUAAAUGAUCCUUUAUAUUUUCUAGGAGAAUUAUGCAAAUAUGAAAAUAUUUUAGAUGUUAAUAAUUUAUUACAUUUCUUUAAACUAACUAAAUUGUUUUUUCAUUUUAAUUUACAUAGUAAUAUACAAACAUUAUGGAAUAGUAUUUUUGUUCAUAAUAUUUUAAAUUUAUUAAAAAAUAGUAAGCAAGAGGAAAUAGUACAAUAUUUUGAUAGUUUACAUAAAUUACCUCAACCAAUAUAUUUUAAUAAAGAUAAUAAAUAUCAUAUUAAUUUUUUUAAAUAUGCAAUGAAUAAUUAUAAAAAAGUUUUUAAAAAAUUUAUGAAAAUUAAAGACGAAAUGAAUGAAGAUAUAUUUUAUUAUAAAAAAGAAGAUAUUCUUUUUACUAAUCAACAAGAUGAUUCAUCUUUGUCAUUUGAAAAGGUUAUAACAAAUUUGAUUGAGAAAAAUAAUAUACAUAUGGAUGUAAGAAAAAUUUUUUAUUUUCUGGAUGUAAUAAAAAAAAAUGCAACUAUACAAUUGUAUGAAUUAUUGAAAAAGGAGUUACUUGAAUUAUUUAACAACCCUCUUUUUUUGUUAUCGUUAAAGUAUGUACAAAAUAAAAAGUUGGCUGUAAAUAUAAUGCGUGACAAAACAAAGAUACCUUCUACGUUGAAUUCAGGCGAUAAGUUGGAUCAUCGUGUUGAUACUGUAGGAGAGAUGGAACUAAAUACGAUUAGAAGGAAUAUCCCUGGCAAUAUAUCUAAUAAAAAAAAUAAUAAUAAUAACAACAAUAAUUACAAUAAUUACAAUAAUUACAAUAAUUACGAUAAUAAUAAUGUCGAUGUUGAUCUUUUUUGCCCCCUUAUAUACAAUCUAGAAAGUAAUAAGGAUGACAUUAAUUUUAUUUAUAGUGUAACCAACAUAAGAUGCGAAAAUUAUAAUUUCAAAAAAUUAAAUAUGUUUGACUUUUUGAAGAUAAGCAAUAAUAUCAUUCCAUCUAUUGUUACUAUCGUUUCUAUGAUAUCAGCUUUGGCUUUCUUUGAAAUGUACAAGAUAGUGUUUUUCUUACUUAAUAAAAAUAAAAAAUCGAAAAAUAGGUCUACUUCAUAUGAACAGAAAUAUAAUGUUCAUGAGAAAGAGUUAUUAAAAGAUUUGAACACAAAAAAAUCGGACCAUAAAAGUGAAUUGAAAAAAGUAUUACGACAUGAUAUAUCAAAUGUUAAUGUUAAUAAUAAUUUUACUGAGAGUAACAGAAGUUGUAGUAAUAUGAACAACAUAGAAAUGUUACCAUAUAAAAAAUUAAAUAUUUAUAUAUAUAACAACCAAAUAAUUGUAAGAAAUAAUGAUAAUAAAAAUUUAUUUUAUUUUUUUAAUGCUAAUUAUGAAAAAUUAAAAGAAAAAUCAAAAGUAAUAUAUAAUCAAUAUGUAAAUUUAGAAGAUGAUUUUAUUACCAUAUCGGAAUUAAAAAAUGUAGAUACAUGGACAUAUGACAAUCCUAUUUUUGUGAAGAAAAAUAUUUUUUUUUCUAUAUGGAAUUAUUUAUAUAUAGAUAUAUUUUGUAAAAAUAAAAACGUGGCAAAAGAUACUUGUCCUUUGGGAUGUUCUGGGAUAAAUCCUUCACAUCUUCUAGACAAUAAUAAUAAUAAUAAUAAUAAUAAUAAUAAUAAUAAUAUAUAUUAUAAUACUUUUAAUAUUUUAUCUAAAGAAAAACAAAAUAAUAUGAAAAUAUAUAUAAAUAAAAUAAAUGAACAUAUUGAAUAUAUCUUGAAUUUAAUUAAAAAUUAUAAAGAAAAGGAAAAUUAUGAAAACAAUAAAACAUAUAAUAAGGAAGAAUCAUAUAAUGUACUUGUUAGCAUGCUAAAGAAGAUUUGUGAUGAAUAUAUUAAUGUAAUCAUAAAUAAUAUUGAUAUAUUAUCUUCUUAUGUAAAUAAGAAAAAGAAAAACAUUAAAGAAAAUAGGACCACAUUUGAUGAUACGCUUCAAUUUGUUUUACAUCUCAAAAAAACAUUGUGUAAUAUAAAAGAUAAAAUAGAAAGUAUAAACAAAAAUAACGUAAAUCCAAAUAUAAAUAUAAAAAAUAAUGACCAUAAUAAAUAUAUUAGUGAUAAUAUAAAAAAACUUGAUAAUAAGGAUGAAAGAGAACCACGUAUUAGUAAUAUCCUGUUCAUGUUAAAUAAUAUUAAAAAAGAAAUAGAAAAUGUAAAAGAAAAUAUUCUUAAAUAUAUUGAUAAAAAUAAUUUAGAUGUGAAUACAUAUACAAAUAAUAUAACAUUAAACGAAUUAGUAGAAUCCAUCGAAAUUGUUUUUAAUGUAAAUAUUCAAACAAUUUGUGUACAGGACAAAAUUAUUUAUUCUAAGUUUAAUAUCCCUUCAUUUAAACUGUAUAACCAUAAAUAUUUAUAUGAUAUCCUUUGUGAUAUAUUUAAGAACGAUAAAAAGUUUCAAGCACGGGAAUUACCAAGAACCUUUAUUCUGAGCAUAUAUGCAUAUGAUAAGUUGACGAAUAAGGAGGUCGUUCUUCCUGAUGUACAGGUUAAUGUUCAUAAUCACGCGGAUGGGUGA